AUGGCCAAUGGCAUUGAAGAUCUUAUCGGGAUCCCAUUCCCGAACCACAGCAGCGAGGUGUUGUGUGGUCUGAACGAGCAGCGGCACGACGGGCUCCUCUGCGAUGUCAUCCUCAUCGUGCAGGACCAGGAGUACCGCACCCACCGCUCCGUCCUGGCUGCCUGCAGCAAGUACUUCAAAAAACUUUUCACUACCGGCACUUUAACAGACCAGCCCUAUGUUUACGAGAUUGACUUUGUCAAGCCUGAAGCACUUUCUGCCAUCCUCGAGUUCGCCUACACCUCAACGCUCACCAUCACCACCUCAAACGUCAAGCACAUCCUCAGCGCCGCCAAGAUGCUGGAGAUCCAGAGCAUUAUCAAUGUAUGCCUUGAAAUCAUGGAGCCCGACAGAGAGGCCGAAGAGGAAGAUGAGAAAGACGACGAAGAUGAUGACGAAGACGAAGACGAAGAUGAGGAGGAAGAGGAGGAGGAGGAAGUGGAAGAUUUCGUCAAUCAGGAGAACCUAAACGAUGUACAAGAAGUAAGCUGCCACCAAAGCCCUUCUGAGUCUGAUCUUACCGAAGAAGCAUAUCCAGAAGCACCUAAAGAUUUUCCAAAUCACUUCCCAGCCAGUAACUCCUCUGGACACCUGGGCAUGAUACGAGACUUCUCCAUCGAGUCCUUGUUAAGUGAAAACCUGUACCCUAAGGCAAACAUCCCGGAAAGAAGGCCAGCUCUCUCUCCCUUUGCCCCCAGCUUCUUCCCCCAUCUAUGGAACGGAGACUUUAGCUCCUUCUCCCAGCUGGAGGAACCACAAGUAGACAACGGCCCCUUGGAUCUGGUGAUCAAAAAGAGGAAGAUCAAGGAAGAGGAAGAGAAGGAAGACCUGCCUCCGCCUCCUUUCCCUAAUGACUUCUUCAAGGACAUGUUUGCCAACACCGCAGCAGCUCCCUUAGGGCAUAUUAAGGCAGAGACUGACUAUAGUGCUUAUCUGAAUUUCUUAAGCGCUACCCAGUUCGGAGGAGUUUUUCCUCCAUGGCCCCUGGAGGAAGAGAGGAAAAUAAAGCCCAAGGCAUCCCAGCAGUGCCCCAUCUGCAACAAAGUCAUCAUGGGAGCCGGCAAGCUGCCCAGGCACAUGAGGACCCACACGGGGGAGAAGCCCUAUAUGUGCAAUAUCUGUGAAGUUCGCUUUACCAGGCAGGACAAGCUCAAGAUCCACAUGCGGAAGCACACGGGGGAGCGGCCGUACCUGUGCAUCCACUGCAACGCCAAGUUCGUGCACAACUACGACCUGAAGAACCACAUGCGCAUCCACACGGGCAUCCGGCCCUACCAGUGCGAGUUCUGCCACUUCUUGAGCGGGGCCAAGGCCUCCUUCAGCCUGCAGGAGCUGGAGAGCCAGUUCGAGGAGACCCAGAGGAAGCUCUUCAGGCGGGCCCAGAUGGACAUGGAGAGGAACGCGGGGAUCUUCGCCUUCGCCCUGGGCCACAAUGAAAACCUCGCUGCCCAGCCCUUCUUCCCGCUCCCCGACCCUUGGAGCACAGGCUUCAGUGGCCUGGCAGGGCUGGGCCACGUGGCUCCCAUCUCAGAGGCAAGCAACUAAACCCGCUCCCGGUCCCACCAUGCGCCUGCUCUCUUCCCAGCAAGGCAGCCAGCUCCCUCGGGGCCCCCACCUGCCCUUUUGCAUCACUGGACUCCCAAUAAACUCUUUGUCCCCUUGCUGACAUGGGGCUUGGGGCACUGGGUUGUCCCUGGGGAGAGCAAGGAGUGGGCAGGUGCUGUGCCCCCUGGCCACUGGCACUUUAGACUCUGGAUGCACUUGGCUUUGGGGCCAUCAGGCACUCGCUGUCCCACCCAGCCACCCACCACUCAUGGCUCCAUCUGGGAAGGCCAGGCCAGGACUGCUGCUCUCUUCAACACUCCCGAAAAUGUCACUUGCCUUAGUCCAGGGCACAGCCAUCACUUUGAGAUGGCUCUUCUGGGGGAAAUACUCCCCAUUUUCCACCUGCAGAGCCCACUGGACACCAACAAGCCGUC